CCAUUAUCCGAUUGUCUGAACAUGAGUAGUAAGCUAACGCUAAUGAGCUUUAGUAGCUCAUUUAUCAGCUAAUGCUUGAUCCUUUAAAAGUUCAAAAUUCUUAAUUUGCGUAUAUUAAUGAUCGUUGCUUAAAUGUAACAUUUGAUAAAGACAGUUUUUUUUUUAUCAGAGUAACAUUCCGAUAUAGCUUGUAAACACCAACAGCCUUUGAGCUGUGUUCAUCAGCAAUGAGGUCAACGAGCCUCCUGCUGCUGCUCGGAGCGCAGUGGGACCAUUUGUUGUUCCACGCCAUCGUCUUUGUGCUCGUGUGUUUCCACGCCACGGAGUCGUGCGCUCCAGGGCCUGCGGAACACGGAACCAGCACCGACACGUUGAUUUUAUGUAGGGCGUGCGGACACGAGGUGGCAUUCGGCACGGACAUCCACUUCGUCCCCAGCCGCAUGGCGCUGUCCAGCCGCAACGACACGUCGGUGAACGGCCGGAGGAUCCACGUGCAGCUCUUCCAGAACCCCCAGGGAUACCGGUUCGAGGUGAUCACGUUCAGAAGAGCGGACGUCACGAAGCACUGGCCGGCCGACAGCCAUUACUCCUGGUACCCAGGGUUCUCAUGGACCGUGGCUACCUGUCCUAGGUGUAGAAGUCAUUUAGGUUGGGCCUUCCAGCCCAGCAGCUGGCCAGACACCAUCACAAACAACAGAUUUGAGGAGUCAGAAAACACCUUCCUGGCUUUAAUCACCCACAGAAUAUUGAGGGAAGACUUUGCCUCAGGUCUGCUAAUGACGCCAAAGUCCUUCACAAGCUGAUGAACUUGAGUUUUGGUGCCUUUACCUUUCCAAAUAUAUAUUUUCAAAAUAAAAUGCCAUCCCUUUCACCUAAAGACUCAUGCAUAAACACUUUAGUUUUAUUAUUGUAGCAGUUGCACACCUGAAACUGCAAGUGUAAAUAGGCAGAAAAUGCUCAACCAGGGCGCAAAACUUUUUUUUCACACUUUUUUCUCUUUAUUAAAAAUGUCAUUUCAAAUCUUGUGGAUAUCUGUAAAACAAUACAAUGAAAAAAAAAAUCCCAUAGAAAUGGUGUCAAUAACCACUCACCCCAAUAACCAAUACACUCCUGCCCAUUCCCAGCUUACCCCCACCCCCAACCCCAAACAUUACAAGUCAAAGGAAUGAGCUGGUAGUCGAUAACCACGGGGGGAAAUAAAAAUACUUUUAAGGGGCACUACGUCCCCCUUAGAGAAAAAAAUAUAUAUUGAAAAGGUCUGCUAGCACUAGGUCACUACACCAUGGCUUCUGUUGAUUUACCACACAAUCUUAAACAGGAGAAACUGUGUGACAUGUCUUCAUUCUACUGAGGAUACUGUGCUGAUUCUAUUUUUUUUAAUUUUAUUAUUUUUGAGAUGUCUUCAGGGAUGGUACUCACAAAUUAGGGCAAAGUACCACUGGCCUUGGAUGAGUCAGAGGAAAACAUAACAUGGCAGCGUCAGGUGAAGAGGCUUCAGAAUGAAAAGUGAAGCACAUUUGGAUAAAAGUAAAAAA